AUGGUUGCUGAUAAUGGGCCUCUCUACGCCUGUACUGAGCUGAGAGCAGCCCAGGUGCCGCACAGCCAGGGGCCACCCAGCCAGGGGCCACCCAGCCAGGGGCCACACAGCCAGGGGCCACCCAGCCAGGGGCCACACAGCCAGGGCCCACACAGCCAGGGGCCACCCAGCCAGGGCCCACACAGCCAGGGGCCGCACAGCCAGGGCCCACACAGCCAGGGCCACCCAGCCAGGGCCCACACAGCCAGGGGCCGCACAGCCAGGGGCCACACAGCCAGGGCCGCACAGCCAGGGGCCGCACAGCCAGGGCCCACACAGCCAGGGGCCACCCAGCCAGGGCCCACACAGCCAGGGGCCACCCAGCCAGGGCCCGCACAGCCAGGGGCCGCACAGCCAGGGCCCACACAGCCAGGGGCCGCACAGCCAGGGGCCGCACAGCCAGGGCCCACACAGCCAGGGCCACCCAGCCAGGGCCCACAGCCAGGGGCCGCACAGCCAGGGCCCACAGCCAGGGGCCACCCAGCCAGGGCCCACACAGCCAGGGGCCGCACAGCCAGGGCCCACACAGCCAGGGGCCACCCAGCCAGGGCCCACACAGCCAGGGGCCGCACAGCCAGGGCCCACACAGCCAGGGCCCACACAGCCAGGGGCCGCACAGCCAGGGCCCACACAGCCAGGGGCCACCCAGCCAGGGCCCACACAGCCAGGGGCCGCACAGCCAGGGCCCACACAGCCAGGGCCACCCAGCCAGGGCCCACAGCCAGGGCCGCACAGCCAGGGCCCACACAGCCAGGGCCACCCAGCCAGGGCCCACAGCCAGGGGCCGCACAGCCAGGGCCCACACAGCCAGGGGCCACACAGCCAGGGCCCACACAGCCAGGGGCCACCCAGCCAGGGCCCACAGCCAGGGGCCGCACAGCCAGGGCCCACACAGCCAGGGCCCACACAGCCAGGGGCCGCACAGCCAGGGGCCACCCAGCCAGGGCCCACACAGCCAGGGGCCACACAGCCAGGGGCCGCACAGCCAGGGGCCACACAGCCAGGGGCCGCACAGCCAGGGCCCACACAGCCAGGGGCCACACAGCCAGGGGCCACACAGCCAGGGCCCACACAGCCAGGGCCGCACAGCCAGGGGCCGCACAGCCAGGGCCCACACAGCCAGGGGCCGCACAGCCAGGGGCCACCCAGCCAGGGGCCACACAGCCAGGGGCCGCACAGCCAGGGGCCGCACAGCCAGGGGCCACACAACCACAGCCAGGGCCCACACAGCCAGGGGCCGCACAGCCAGGGGCCACACAACCACACAGCCAGGGGCCACACAGCCAGGGGCCGCACAGCCAGGGGCCACACAACCACACAGCCAGGGGCCACACAGCCAGGGCCACACAGCCAGGGCCACACAACCACACAGCCAGGUGCCGCACAGCCAGGGGCCACACAGCCAGGGCCCACACAGCCAGGGGCCGCACAGCCAGGGGCCACACAACCACACAGCCAGGGCCACCCAGCCAGGGCCCACACAGCCAGGGCCCACACAGCCAGGGCCACACAGCCAGGGGCCACACAACCACACAGCCAGGGGCCCACAGCCAGGGCCCACACAGCCAGGGGCCACACAGCCAGGGCCCACACAGCCAGGGCCGCACAGCCAGGGGGCACAGAGUGAAACGGGGGGAACAGGGCCACUGA